UAUUUUCAACUCAAUUUUCAAUUUAUUUUUCACAACUAUACGUUUAAGGUUUAAACUUUAACUAAGUAUCAGUGAUAAGCAUAUUUUUGCUCUUCCUUCAAAAAAAGUUAAACCGUGAUAGGGAAAAAGAAAAAGAAAAAGAAAAAGGAAAAGAAAAAGAAAAAGAAAAAGAAAAGAAAAAGAAAAAGAAAACGAGUUAAAUGAUUUUCCAAUCAUACUUUUAAUAUUUAGAUUCUUCAAAAGUUAAUACUAAUCAAAUUCUUUUUUUGUUCUCGCUCGUCAGUUCAUCCUUGCUCCUAAAUUUGCAUUUUAAAAAGGAUUUUUUAUAGCUUAAAUCUGGAAAUAUUAGUUUUGUAACACCUUCGACUUGGUGUUCAGAAAAAUGUUUUACAGUUCAGGAGGGUUUGUGUUCCUGGUUCUGUUAACACGGAUCUCAGGAAAACAAUGGGAUGAUCCUUGGAUUACCCCGACUGGGAAAACCAGCCUAAAUGGGGAUAAAUUGACUUUUCCUGAGAGCCCUGAAUUAGAAUCAGGAAGCGAUAUCGCUGUUCUGCAUUACACUGACACGGAACCCCCGAAUAUUCUGUGUGAGUCAGGUGCAAAGAAUCCUUGUCUCUACCUGUAUCUAUAUACUGAGGAGCUGCAGGACGGAACCAUCUUUCUCCGGACUAAUACAUCCUUUGAUUUUGAGAAUUCUUCACUCGUGUUUCCGGACCCUGGUAAACCAGUAAAGAUAGCUCUCGCGGGAUUUACUGAAAAUAAUUGUAACAACGCGAUCAAACCCUGCAAAUCUAUUUAUCUUAAGAUAGAGAACAUUAAUGAUGUUAAACCCAAGUAUAUAACUCCCCCACCGUCAAGUGUAUUGAUGAUCCCGGAGAACACGAUGAAUGAAAGUAUGUUUGUUGUUGAAGCAGAAGAUACUGAAUUCCAAGAUGGAAUAUUGAAUAUCUCCAUCAAGUCAUCGGAUGCUGAUUUGCCAUUUGCAUUCAAAAGGAUUGAAAAUUUAAAUAAAUGGAGUUUUGGAACCACCAAAGAACUUGAUUUUGAAACUGUCCGCUCCUUCAUUUUGACUGUGGUGCUUCAGGAUGGACCUGAUAGGUUUGGUAAUGUUUUAACAUCUGCCUUUGACUACACAAUAACGAUACAAGUGACAGAUGAAGGGGAUAGGGAUCCAAUAUGGCAGCUAAUCUGUCAACCGAAGUCAAUUCAAGAAAACUUUGAAGUUGGAACUGAGAUUUUUCGAGUUCGUGCCCAAGAUGCAGAUGCUGGAAUCCAGAAUUCUAUCGAAUAUAAAAUUGAAAGUGUUACAAAUUCUAAACAUGACUUUAUAGAUUACUUUGAGUUGACGGUUGAAGGCGAUAUAGCUGUUAUAAAAGCUAAUAAAACUAUGGACCGAGAGAAUGAAUUGAUUCAGGAGAAUUAUAAUUUCUUCUUUACCCUCAGUGCAAGUGAAGUAGACAGCUGUGUAGAACACUGUACUUCACCUCCUCUACCCUGUAGAAUGAUACUAGAGAAUGCUAAUGAUAACGGACCUAUUAUCGCUGAGAAGUCCUACAACACCACCGUACAGGAGAAUACACUUGAUUUUAUUUUUGAUAUUGCAAUAUUUGAUAUAGAUCAAUCAGAUAACUACUUUAAUCAGUUUAGAGUUGAAAUUGUCGAUGAGAAUAUUGCAAACAAAUUUGAAAUUAAUCCUGCAGAAACAGAGGGUAACAGAACUGUUAGAAUACGAUGCAAUCAAGAAGGGUAUUUAGAUUAUGAAACAAAGGAAUCAAUAAAGUUCAUGAUUAGAGCAACUGAUAAAAACAAUGAUAGCUUGUUUUCUGAAGCUGAGCUUGAAAUUUUUCUAACUGAUGAGAAUGACAAUAUUCCUAAAUUUGAGGAAGAUGUUUAUGAACUAAAUGUUUCUGAAGAUCUAAGCAGCCUUGUCGAGGAUGAAAAUGGACACUAUUUAGGGUUGAUCCUGCAAGCUACUGACCAGGAUAAGUCUGAUGAGUUUGGAACUAUGAGCCUGGUUUACUCUCUACAGGGUGAACCGAACAAUGUUUUAAUUAUUGAAGAACCCGACCAGAACGGGUUUCCUCAAGGCAAACUUUAUGCAACAGGAAAGUUUGACUUUGAAACUUCUCCAAUCAUUUCAUUCCAGGCAAUUGUAAAAGACAACAAGGGUUCAGUUUCAAAUGAAAAUAAAGUCGAUAUUACAUUAAUCAUUGAAGAUCGAAAUGAUGAAUUGCCCAGCUUUGAAACCUUUCCAGACGACGUGAUGUGUGUUUAUGAGAACAGUCCUGAAUUCUGGCCUGAAGGUCUAGACUGUGACCCGGAGAAGAUCAUAUUUACAGGAAUUGAUCCUGAUGCGUCAGCAAGCUUGAUCAUCUCUAUAAACUGGGAUGGAUCAAGUGCUACUAAAAACAAUAUUAAAGUUGAUGAUCCAAACCUGUACAGAGAUACAUUUAUAAUCAAACAGGAGUUGAGGUCGAAAACUGUUACAGCUACUCUUGGAGUCAGUCCAACUAAGUUUAUUGAUAAAGAAACGGUUGAUUUAUUGACCCUGGAGAUCGUUGUUACAGAUCAGAAAGGUGAAAACCCAGAGCUGCAGCAAACCUCCAAGGUUCUUGUUUUAAAUAUCGAGGACGUUGACGAUACUAAACCGGUUUUUACAUCUCGACCUGACUUUACUGUAAACGAGGAGCAAGAAGGUCAAAAACUGGAGAUUACCAUAACAGAUGCUGAUCAGUAUGUGGAAAAGCAAUACACCUUUCAACUUGAAGAAAUGAAUGAAACACCGACGGGUUUAUUUCACCUAGAAGAAGCUUCUGUUGAUUCUGAUGUAAGAUAUUUGUUAUCUGAUAAACCUAUAGAUCGUGAGGAUUCGAGAAUAGUUGAUCUUGAGGGGAAACUAUCCUAUAAGAUCACUGUCAAGGACAAGGGAAACAAUGAAAACUCUCAAGAGAUCACUAUCACGGUAAAAGACCUGAACGACUGCUAUCCGUAUUUUGAACCUGAAAAUUAUGAAAUGUCGGUUUUUGAGAAUAGUUCGGAUGGAACCGUAGUUGGUUCAGUUAUUGGUCUGGACGACGAUGUUACAGAUGAAUUCAAUACAAAAUCUCUUGUGUAUUACAUAAACUAUCCUAAAAACGUUCCGUUUACUAUUGAUGGGAAGACUGGUGAGAUAAAGGUUAGUUUAUCUCAAACUCAAUACUUGGAUAGAGAAGGAGAAGAAACAUAUCUACUUCAAAUAGGAGCACAGGAUCUUAAUGGAGAUGGUCAAGGAUUAAAAGCAAAACAGGAUGCUGAGGUAAAUGUGACUAUUCUGGAUGUAGAUGAUGAACCACCUAGAUUCAUUAAUACAGGAAACUACAAGAAUUUUGAAAUUGAUAAUACAAGAAUAUCUGGAUCUGUAUUACUCAACUUCGAAGGAGAGGAUCCAGACAAAAAUCCAACUUUUACUUUCGAGAUUAUAGAAAAAGAUCCUGAUUUCCCUUGUCGAGUAGAAGGAACCGGAUUAGUUCUUGAGAAACAAUUAAAUGAAUUCAUGAAAUCAUUUAUAUACACUGUACAGAUCAAGGAUAAUAUUGGGAUGAAUGAUACGCUCUCCUGUAACCUGACUAUCUAUGAUCUAAAUGAUAAAACUCCUGAGUUCUCGUAUCCUGAAGAAGGAGAAGAUAUUUGGAUCAACGAGGAUUCAGAAAUAGGAAAACCAAUGAUAGACUUCAGUGGACGUCCAGUGAAAGUAAACGCUACUGAUGCUGAUGUGGAUCCACGAUAUAACAAAGUUACUUAUGGUUUGUUAUCUGAAUCAAACUGGUUUAAGCUGGAUUCAGAGACAGGAAUAUUUACACUAAACCGAAAUCUAUCAGAGUAUCCAUUUGAAAAUCCAGCUGAAGAUGACGCAAUACCGUUGACAGUACAAGCCUACGACCUGGGACAAACCAACACCGCAACUAAAACAAUAACUCUGCGAGUCCAGCGAGAUUAUCCUCCAAAGUUUGGUCAGCUGUCCUACAGCUUUGAGGUUGUAGAAAAUACAGAGCUGUUAAUCAUGUUGGAGAAUGCGACGGAUAAAAACAAUAUUGAGCCACCAACUGAUGAUUGGAUCCCUCAAGAAAUAUGUUAUUUCAUCAUAGGUGGGAAUGAAAAGGAAAUAUUUAGUGUUGGAUUAAAGUCUAAUAUAUUAUCCAACAAUAUAGAGAUAGAUAGAGACUGUGGGAAUGAUUGUGCAAGGUACAAUCUGAUAAUAGCAGCGACCAACUUAUGUGCUAGUCCACCUGACCUUGAUUCUCUGAGUGCUGAAGAGAAGUUGAAUGUAACACUGUAUAUACAAGAUGUUAAUGAUGUCGAACCAAGGUUUAUUGAUGGUACUAGAACUGCUGGUAUUACAGGGGAGGAUAAAAACAAUGAUAUAAUUAUCAGAUUACAGGCCACAGAUCCUGAUCUAGAGGAUAACCCUGGGAUCACGGGUUCAGGCCUUAACUUUGGUAUCGGAGAAAUUAUAAUUGGACCUGAAUCCAUAGAUCUAGAUAUAUCCGUCCCAUUUAUUCUCUCCGCAAACCCGAAUUCGAACGAUGUAGAGAUUAAACUCAACUUCAAUCCGACAACCACUAUGAAAGGAUAUUUUGAAUUCAAUAUAACUGUUACAGAUAAAGUUGGACACAGUAGUGUUGCUGAAGUAAAGAUAGUAAUGAUAGCUCCUGAACAUGUUUGUUUGUUCAGUUUUGAGAAUUCCAAGCUUGAGAUAGAAGCAAAAGAGCAGAAUAUUGUAGAUAUAUAUGAGCGAAUCCUUCCUUAUAUUUUCAACAUUGAUAGAAUCACCGAGCCUAGCUUGAAGGCAGGUAUGUACAGUACGGGACUAGCUGAGGUUCAGUCACAUUUUCUGAAUAAGACGACAAUUGAACCCAUCGAUAGAAACGAGGUUCUUGUGAUCUACGACCGGUUUCAAACAACACUACAGCAGAGUCUUCAUGAUAUAAACAUAACUCUCAGACUCUUCGAGGUAGAAGAAGAGGAGGAGGGGACAAAUCUACCAGUUACUAUGAUAGUUCUGAUAGUUUCUACUAUACUAUUUGGUUUCAUGUUCUCAUUUCUUCUGAUAGCUUACUGCAUUAGAACAAAUAUUCUUGAGAGGAAAGUAAAAGCUAUGGAGACUGCUGCAGAUGUGGAUACAAACAAGAAUACAAAUGAAAAAAUUUAUCUAACAGCUCUUCAGGAGAAUGUGCCGGGUUCAAACGAGUUUGCAGGAGAAGGUGCAAAUCCUAUUUGGCAGGUUGCAAUGGAGAGCAAUGAUUUUGAGGACGAGAUCAGGUUUGACGAUAAUGAGAGUCAGUCGAGUGGAGAUUCAAUCCUGAUAGGAGUUGAGGAGGACAAGGAUUUCAGGGAUUAUAAGGAUUUAGAUGUUGACAUGGACCUCUACAAUGUCGUGAACAAAAGAUACAAAACAAUCGACGACUACCAAGCUCCGUCCUCACAGAGUGGAGUGUUCACAUUAAGCUCCGGGAAGCUAGGAGGGAAUCCUUUAUAUAAUAGUGAUGACGAUGAAGAUCUUUAAUCAUAAAUUAAUAAUUUCAGAUUAAUGAUUAAAUAUUAUAUAAAGAGACUGUAUGCCGAAUUUAGCAAUAAAUUAAAAAUAUAUAUUUGCUGUA